AUAGUUAAGUGAUCAUCAUUAAGCUCUUUGUCAUUUUGUCAACCAUGAAUAAUGAUAAUAACAUUGAUCAACAGAAAUUAAUUGAUGAAUUUAUGCUUGUUACCGAAGGUAAUUUAGAAACGGCCCGAAAAUAUCUGAUAAAACAUUCAUGGAAAGUUGUCGAUGCUAUUAAUGAUUAUUUUGAAUGGAUGCAUGAUGAUUAUUGUCGUCAAGAAAAAGAAAAACAACAACAGGAUGGUAAAAAUGUCGAAGAUAAUGAUAAUGACGAUCAUGAUGACGAUGAUGAUAAUAAUGAUCCUGUAAACAAAAAAGCUAAAAUUCAACAUGAUAAGAAUGAUAAUCAACUUCGUUUAUUUCGUCAUAUAACAUAUAAUAUUGAUAGUUUGAAUGAAAAAAAUCUUUCGAUUCGAAUCAAAGCUAUUUGUAAGAUAAUUUUGGAUGAAAAAGCUACCAUCGUAUUUUUACAAGAAGUUCGUAAUGAAUCUGAACAGAUUAUUCGACAAAAUUUAUCCGAAAAUUUUGAAAUAUUUUCCGGUUUUGUAUCCAAUUCAACUGAUUAUUAUACAAUGACUUUAGUGGCUCGAAGACAAUGGAUCACAAUUGAUAAUGGGAGAGAAAUUAUCAAUUUUAAAGAUACUCGAAUGGGUAGAAAUAUUAUUCGUACUGAUAUUACAAUCGAAAAUGCUAAAUUAUGUUUGUUGAAUACACAUCUUGAAAGUACUAAAGAAUUUGCAGCCAUACGUCAACAACAACUAGCAUAUCUUUUACGUUUAAUAGAAUCGAUUGAUCGACAAUCAACAAUCAUUGCAGCCGGUGAUUUUAAUCUACGUGAUAAAGAGCUUGCUGAAAUUGGUGAUUUACCAUCAAAUGUUCAAGAUGCAUGGAUUGCAACUGGACGUCGUCGUGAAGUUGAAUAUACAUGGGAUAUGAUGCGUAAUGAUAAUCUUGAAUUUAAUGGUGGUGAAGAAUUAGGACGACAAUCUUCAUCUUCAAGUGGUGGUCGACAACGACAACCAUUCAAACCACGUAUGCGUUUUGAUCGUGUAUUUGUACGUUGUUCAGAACCAUCAAAACAAAUCGAUCUCGUUCAUUUUGGUUUAAUUGGUUUACAACGUUUAAAACCACAUGUUUGUUUUCCAAGUGAUCAUUGGGGUAUUAUAACAUCAUAUCAAAUUUAUCAAAACUCUUCAUCAUUAUCAUCAUCAUAAUACCCCUUUUCAAUGUUUUCUUUUUUUAAUUUAUUGUU